AUGUCUGGUUUAGGAGGUAACAGAACCUCCAACAUAGCUAGAAAUGUAUCCAGCACACAUGGAGCGAUUUGGGGUACAAACAAGACAGAUGAACUAGUUUUUUGUUACGGAUCCAACAUUAUAAAAUCAAAUGAUACCUGGCAUGCUGGCAAUCCACUCGACUUCUCGCUCCCUCUCUUCAUCUUGCAGCUCACCAUCAUCGUCAUUACCACUCGCUUUCUUGUCUUCAUCCUUAAACCUUUGCGCCAACCCCGUAUCGUCGCAGAAAUUAUUGGUGGUGUGUUGUUGGGUCCAUCAGUGUUGGGAAGGAGCAAGCUGUUUUCAGAGACUAUUUUCCCAAUGAGGAGUGUGAUGGUAUUGGAGACUAUGGCCAAUGUAGGUCUCCUCUACUUCUUGUUCCUCGUAGGUGUGGAAAUGGACCUAACUGUGAUCAAGAGAACAGGAAAGAAGGCAAUCACAAUUGCCCUAUCUGGAUUAGUCUUGCCGUUCAUCAUUGGUGCUUCUUUUGCUGUAAUCCUCUUGCACAUGGAGAAAGUCGUAGGACAUAAGAAUCCUUUGGAACAAAAUAGGUUCUUCUUCCUCUUUGCUGGGGUUGCCCUCUCCGUUACGGCCUUCCCGGUGUUGGCUCGUAUCCUUGCAGAGCUCAAGCUCCUUAGUACGGAGUUAGGGAGGGUGGCUUUGUCGGUGGCUCUUGUCAAUGACAUUUUCGCUUGGAUCCUCCUUGCCUUAAGCAUUGCACUUGUACAGAACAAAAAAGUAUCAUUAGCCUUUCUUGGGGUUAUCGUUUCCGCCAUUGCCUUUGUUCUAUUUUGCAUCUUCGUGAUCAGACCAGCAAUUGGAUGGAUUAUACAACGUACUCCAGAGGGUGAGAGCUUCAACGAGUUCUACAUAAGCUUGAUCCUUGCAGGGGUUAUGGUGUGUGGUUUUAUUACAGACACCAUUGGCACACAUUCCAUCUUUGGUGCCUUUGUGUUUGGGCUUGUCAUACCAAAUGGUCCACUUGGAACUGUACUCAUAGAGAAGCUUGAGGAUUUUGUGUCUGGGCUAUUGCUUCCUAUCUUCUUUACCAUAAGUGGGCUUAGGACAAAGAUUGGAAAUGUUAGAGGGCCAGAAUGGGGCUAUGCCUUCUUCACAUUGAUCUUGGCCAGUCUAGGCAAGGUUGGUGGAACACUUCUCAUCUGCCUCUACUAUAAGAUGCAAAUCAAUGAAGGGAUCACUUUGGGACUCCUCUUGAACACCAAAGGACUCAUUGAGAUUAUUAUUCUUAACAUAGGGCAUGACCAAAAGGUAAUAGACGAAAAUGCAUUUGCAUUAUUGGUGUUGAUGACAAUGUUGAUGACAAGCAUCAUCAUGCCGAUCAUUAGUGAGUUUUACCGACCGGCGAGGCGAUUUAUUCCCUACAAGCGGCGAACACUGCAAACAUCGAAGCUAGAUUCGGAACUCCGGAUCUUGGCUUGCAUCCACACCCCUCGCAAUGUCCCCACUAUCAUCAACCUCUUAGAAGCCUCCCACCCUACUAAGAAGUCCCCCAUCUCUGUUUAUGCCCUUCACUUAGUGGAGCUCACUGGUCGGGCCUCUGCCAUGCUCAUCGUCCACAACACUCGAAAGUCGGGCCGGCCGGCCCUGAACCGAACUCAAGCUCAAUCAGAUCACAUCAUCAAUGCCUUCGAGAACUAUGAGCAGCAUGUGGGCGGUGUCUCAGUGAAGCCUCUUACAGCUAUCUCUCCCUACUCUACCAUGCAUGAGGACAUCUGCAAUCUUGCUGAGGACAAGCGUGUCGCCUUUAUCCUUGUCCCUUUCCAUAAGCAACAAACGGUGGAUGGUGGCAUGGAAGCCACCAAUCCGGCUUUUCGAACCGUGAACCAAAAUGUCUUGGCCAAUGCGCCUUGCUCGGUCGGCAUUCUUGUCGAUCGAGGCCUUGGUGGGACUGCACGUGUGGCAUCAAGCCACACGGCCCACCACAUUGCAGUCCUCUUUUUCGGAGGACCUGAUGAUCGUGAAGCAUUAUCUUAUGCUUGGAGGAUGUCGGAGCACCCAGAGGUGAAUCUUACAGUGCUCCGCUUCUUACCAGGGAAAGAUACAAUAGAUCCUAUGAUACCGUCCGAUGACGACGGUAGUUUAAAAAUCUUGAAUGUUAUCACGGACAACGAAAGAGAAAAGAAACGAGACGAUCUUUUCAUAAGCGAGUUUCAGCUGAAAAUCGUGAAUGAUAAGUCAAUUGUGUACACAGAGAGAGUGGUGAAUAAUGGGGAGGAGACGGUGGCGAUAAUACGGACAAUGGAAAACAUCUAUGAUCUGUACAUUGUUGGGAGGGGACAAGGGAUGAUAUCACCUUUGACCGCUGGAUUGACAGAUUGGAGUGAAUGCCCUGAAUUGGGAGCGAUCGGUGACUUGUUAUCAUCGUCGGAUUUUGCAGCGACAAUAUCGGUGUUGGUGGUGCAGCAAUAUGUUGAUAAUGGGGUGGGAACGGAUGAUAGCCCGGGACAAUUAGAUGAUCUAUUCAGCAUAGAUUAUAUGAACCGAUGGACGCAGUGGGGUCAAGGACUUAACCAUGGCAGAGGAGAUGUUCAGCUAGGGAACAUGCACCAAAGAGGCACAAGAAAUGGGUUGUGA